ACUGCUCAUAGCGAAACGGUAAUCAAGAGGCGUAGAAGACAAAAUCAGAUUCGGAUUGAUUUUUUAGUUUUGUUCUCUGUUUCUCUUCGUUGAAAUUACUUUAAUAAAAAAAAACCUUGAUAAUCCAAAUCUAGUAACUCGAGUUAAUUGCGUUUAAUUGUAAAGAAAAUUUUUAAGUGAUUUGGAGAUUACAGGAGAGCGAAAUGUUGGCAAUUUUGUGGUUUUGCAAGCAAGCAAGUUGUGCAAAUUGAUAAGUGGCCAGGCGACAAUGGUGUCUGCAGUGUUGUAGAAAAAUAAAAGAAACAAAAAAAGUACAAAGAAAAGUAAUUUUAAGCAGAAACUGCAAAUUUUAGAAGUGAAAAAAAAUUACUAGUCCCUCUGGCAUAGCUUGAAAUGUGUAAAAUUUGUUAAAGAUGUGUGUUAAUCCAGAUAAUUUUGUAAAACAAAAAUGAUUUGCUUUGAAUGAAGUGGAGUUUUUUGUUCAAAGUGAAUGUAGGAAAUUGUGAAAUAGAAAACCUUGAAAAAAAAAAUAUAAAACACCAUUGUGGUUAUAAUAACUUCCAGCUGGACAACAUGAGUUCACGAAACAAAACUGAUGUUAAAAAAUUAUUCGAAUACUGGUGUGAAGUAUCACGAACUCAAGGUGGCAUUGAACAGACCAACAGUUUGCGAUACAAUGGUGGCGGCACCUCGGUGCCAGUGGGCGUAAUUACUGAGAGUUUUCCCGAGAAUUUUCGUGAUGAGAAAACAAUACAAGACAUACCCGCCUUUGCAUUUCCCUGCGAAUUCGAAAGUGAUUCCGUGCAAUCGUAUUCCUUUGUACUCACCACAGAUGAUUCCAAAUGGCGUUUUGGUUUCUGUCGACAUGAUCCCAAAACCGAAUCGACCAUGGUCAUUAUAACAUUCUUGCCCUGGCAUGAUACUUUCCUAAGACUGUUGGGAGUGCUGGCAGAACUGCGAAGGACUGAUCCCAAAGAAUUUCAUCAGUUUCUAACGGAGGCCUACAGUAGUGGGGUGCCCGAUGUAGGCAGUAAAUUGAUAUUAAAAUAUAGCCAAGAACAAAGUGAAUUUAAGUUUGAGCGGCCCAAGCCUUUUCAGUUGCCCAGUAUUCCGGAAAAUCACAAUUUAAAUCUCUACUAUAAUUUUGUGGAUCCAAAGAAUAUGAUUGCCGUAUUUGCAGCCAUGUUGGCUGAGAGACGCAUCAUUUUUACUUCCAGCCGUUUAGAUCGCCUGUCUUCUUGCAUACAAGCGGCCAAUGCCUUUCUCUAUCCCAUGGUGUGGCAGCACAUCUUUAUACCGGUGCUGCCAAUGAAACUCAAAGAUUAUUUAAGUGCUCCCAUGCCAUACUUAAUAGGAGUACCACAUUUAGUUCUAGAAACGAUGACGCCGGAUGAAUUGGGCGAAGUUGUAACUUUAAACUGUGAUACAAAAAUUUUUGACAGCCCCUUUGAUGAUGUCCAUGCCAUGCCCGCGGAAAUCGUUUCACAACUCAAAAAACAACUCAGUCACUCAAAUCAGCAUAUCGGCGACCGAGUAUCGAAAAUAUUCCUGGGUGUGCUAGUGCAACUAAUAGGAGGCUAUCGAGAUGCUGUGGAAUUUCGCGAUAUGAGUAAAACAUUUAAUCGCGACAAAUUCAUCGAAUCACGUCCCUCCCAUUUGAGACCGUUUCUAACGAAAAUGAUGGAAUUGCAAAUAUUCCAACAGUUCAUCGAUGAGCGUUUGGAAAUGAUGAACACCGGUUUGGGUUUCUCCGAUGAGUUCGAACAGGAAACCGUCCGUUAUGCGGAGAAACUAAAGAAGCGUGGACGCUUCCAUCAGCUGAAGGAGAAGAUUAUCUACUCGGCGGCAUUUCAGACGACUAAUCCUGCUGUUAAGUCCGCUGUUAAAUCGGUUAAAGAAAGUUCUCGAGUGGCCAAACAUGCCUAUAAAGAUCUCAAAUCGAAAUUUCGUGAUAUAACCCCACCACAUCCUGCUGCACAACAUCCACAUCACAACAACAAUAAUUUCCGUUCACAUCUCAACUCGAAUACACCACAUGAUCGCAUGGAUGGCGUCAGCGUUGGAAGCUACGUUACAGGCGGCAGUAAGGAUAGCAAGUCGUUGAAAUCAUACUUGGGAAGACACUCAGCGCCAAGUUCACCGGUUUUCAGUAAACGAGGUGGUGCCUCCUCACCAGCUCCCUUCCAAUAUGCGGCCAAAGAACAAAUUUACAAUGCUUCGCAACAUUUGCGACGUGGUCCCACUUCGUUGGCCAUGUCCAAUUCCAGUUCACACAUACAGUCGAAUGGCUAUGCGAAAUCCUCACCCAUACCAUUCAAUCACAAUCAUCAUUUGGCCUCAUCUCCAACCAUAAGUCCAGCAAGCUCAUUGUGUUCGUCAGAGAUGAAUCUGUCGCAGGAAUUACAAAACCAUCCUCUCUUCAAGUCACCGAUUGUGGAUAGAAGUCUAAAGCCAUGCCAUAGUUUAGAGCCUAACCAUCGCAUAACGGCCACCAGAACUGGAGGAGCACCUCCGGCCAGGCCACCACCACCAGCACCUCAUUUGUUGCAGCUCUAUAGACAACAGCAGCAACAAUCACAAGAACAAUCGUUCCAGCAGCAGCAGCAGCAGCAACAACAGCCACCACAACAGUUUAACACUCCCACAUAUUAUAAUCAUCCCUAUGGUACACAUCCCCAUGUAGAGGGAAAACCACCUACCUACAUUCCCCGACCCGCACACAUCAACAUCAAUCCGACAGUACAUGAAAAUGCCAUAAACACAAUGACUACCAGCACCACUACUACCUCCACCGUAAACAAUCAUUCUUUCACCCAACAGCAACGUCCAUUAACCUCAACACCCAAUAAUCAGUAUAUCCAUACCACUGACUCCUCGUACGAUACACCGCCUGAUAUGCUCUCACCGCCGGUGCCACCCAGACGACAAGCGGCAGCCGCCCAAGCGGCCACACUGCCUCUGAAUUCGCCUUCAACCUAUUGUAUGGAUAAUUCGGCGGCAGCCUUGACCCAAGCCGUUGCAGCCACGGCAGCUGCUGUUACAGCGGGCAUUACACGCUUGGAACGUAAUUGUUGGCAGGAUUAUGCUGAGACGCAAUUGUUGCAAAAGGAUUCGCUGCGCAGUUCAUUGUCAUCGUCCUCCAAUCAAUCGAACACAUCGUCAUCCUCAUCAUCGAGUGCAUCUUUUGUGACGGCCGCAUCACGUUUUUCGCUCUAUCAAUCAUCGCCGCCACAACAAGGUAGUGAACCACCCAUACCGGCGCCCCGUUUAAAGAAAGACAAAGAGUCCUUACGUUCUCUACAGCCCCAACAUAUGACACUGGGCCUUAAUGGCGGCACAAACACAACAAGGGCCACUACUAAUGCCGGCAGUGCAGCGAUUAGCGCUGACGGCUCUAACUCUAAUGCUUCCGAAGAAUCCAUGAAAGAUCUAAUAUCGCUGGACGAUAGCCACAAUAGUAGUUUUGAUUUGGAGGAUUUCGAUCCCUUGAAUCAGAAUGCUCGUCCCCUGCCACCGCUUGGUAGAACGAUGAAUGCUCAUCGCAAGAAAUCGACUACAUUGCCUGCCAAUGCUAGCAAAACACCAAGCGCUUCCUUUGUGAAUAGCACCACAACUACCACCAGCAUAAGUAAUCCUCUUUAUACCUUCUAUACACCCCAGCAUAUGGCCAACUCAAUGCCGGCAGCAGCUGUGUCCCGCCAACAGCAGUCCUCAACAACACCGCCCAAUGAAACACCACCUCCCCUACCCAAAUCCGUGCCACCUCCCAUGCCACCGCCAGAUGAAGAUUUUGAAUUAUUGCGCAAAUAUGGACUUGAUCAAUUUACACUCAUUACCACUUCUGUGACAGCGACCAGCCAGAGUGCCACCACCAUGGCCAGUGCGACAUCAUCCCAGCCGAAUGGUCUUACAACGACGGGCAUGCAGAAUUGGACCACGUUCGAUUAAAUUGGCCGAGGAGCAAGUGCAAGAGCGACCAGAAUAAAGCAUGCCACAUGGCGUUUCUAUGUAUAUGUAAAUAUCUAAGCAUAUAUAUUGCAAUUAUUAAAAACAAAAAACAAAACGAAAAAACAAACCUCCAUGUAAAAAGAAGAUUUUCUUCGUUUAAAAAAUAUUUAGGAAAUCAAAGAAGGAAACUUGUAUGUAUGUAAUAUAUAAUAAACUGUAAUAGCAAGUAUCCAUAAAGUAUGCAAAAUCAAACACACACACCCACACAAACACAACUUAUAGUAUAUUAGCUACCCUCUUGUAUGCUCUUACCAUUGUUAUAUACCAGAUAUAAAAAUUAUGCAAACUAAUGUAUUUGCUUAGAUUUACUUGUAACAAAUAUGUAAUUGAAUGUAUAAUUGUACAAAAACAACACAAAAAACAAACAAAAAAAUCACUAAAGAUAUAUAUAUAUUUUAUUAUUGUGGCUUUUUAUCCCCAAUUUAUAUCCAACACCUGCCGAAGUGUAUUUUGUUUUCAUAAAUUUUUUUGUUCGAUUUCUGUAAUGGCAACAAUAAAUAUGAUAUUUGCUUUCUAAUCGGGAGAGAGAUGUUGUACGCGAUGAUUAUUUUGAAGAUAUAUCUAAUUAUUUAAUUCCAUAUACAUACAGAAGGUAUAUACGUACAUAGAACCCACACACACAUACACAUCAUUAAUCAUAGAUAUAGAAGACGUAAUUCAAAAUUAAAAUCCAAAAAUAAAUUAUUUUAAAAUAUA